AGAAAAAAUCUAUGAAUGUCCAGACUACCGAACCUCAGGUCCCAAUUCCUGCUACUUUGAUAAAAACCACACUAAUCCCUGGACAACAUAUAAUAUCACUGUAAUGGCAACGAAUGAGAUUGGAAGUAACAGCUCAGAUCCUCAGUAUGUGGAUGUGACCUCCAUAGUUCAGCCAGAUGCUCCUGUGAACCUUUCUCUAGAAACAAAAACAUCUGCUAGCAUAACGUACAUGUGGGCAAAAUGGUCUCCACCUCCAUUAGCUGAUGUCAGCUCUAAUUCAUCUGUAUAUAAGUAUGAGCUACGACUAAAACCUGAGGAAAAGGAAGAGUGGGAGACAAUAUCUGUUGGAGUGCAGACACAGUACAAAGUCAUGAGGUUACAAGCUGGGGUGAAGUAUGUUGUUCAGGUCCGUUGCAUGUUAGACCUUGGAGAAUGGAGUGAGUGGAGCUCUGAAAGACGCAUUGAUAUCCCCAAUGGAGAGUCACCUCCUGAAAAGCCUACAAUAAUAAAAUGCCGUUCUCCAGAAAAGGAAACAUUUACUUGUUGGUGGAAACCUGGUUCAGAUGGAGGACAUCCUACUAACUACACUUUGCUUUACAGCAAAGAAGGAGAAGAACAAGUUUAUGAAUGUCCAGAUUACAGAACUGCGGGCCCCAAUUCGUGCUACUUCGAUAAAAAGCACACUUCUUUCUGGACCAUAUACAAUAUUACUGUGAGGGCAACUAAUGAAAUGGGAAGUAACAUCUCUGAUCCUCAUUAUGUGGAUGUGACUUACAUAGUACAGCCAGAUCCUCCUGUGAAUGUAACUCUGGAAUUAAAAAAGCCAAUAAAUAGAAAACCAUAUCUGGUCUUGACAUGGUCUCCACCCCCGCUGGCUGAUGUCAGAUCUGGAUGGCUUACCCUUGAAUAUGAGUUGCAACUAAAGCCUGAAGAAGGAGAGGAAUGGGAGACUAUUUUUGUUGGACAGCAAACACAAUAUAAAAUGUUUAGUUUAAAUCCCGGAAAGAAGUACAUUGUACAGAUUCACUGCAAACCAGACCACCAUGGAUCAUGGAGUGAAUGGAGCUCAGAAAAGUAUAUUCAGAUCCCUGCUGACUUUAGAGUAAAAGAUAUGGUUGUGUGGAUCAUCGUUGGUGUCUUGUCAUCUCUUACAUGUUUAAUCAUGAGCUGGGCAAUGGUUUUGAAAGGGUACAGAAUGAUAGCCUUUAUCCUGCCACCGGUUCCAGGACCGAAGAUAAAAGGCAUAGACACACAUCUGUUAGAGACAGGAAAAUCUGAAGAAUUAUUGAGUGCUCUUGGUUGCCAUGGUUUCCCUCCAACAUCAGACUGUGAGGAACUACUGAUAGAGUACCUGGAGGUAGAGGACAGUGAGGAUCAGCAACUCAUGCCAAGCCAUGACAAUGAUCAUCCCAGUAAAAAUGCAAAAAUGACACCCAAGGAAACAGACAGUGACUCAGGCCGAGGGAGCUGUGAUAGCCCUUCUCUGCUUUCUGAGAAGUGCAGGGAGUCCCACGCCCUUCCAUCAACACUUCAAACACAAGACGUAAGAGAUGUUCAGAAAAAUAAAGGAGGAAAAAGGAGCUGGGAAGCUCAGUGUAUAGCCUCAGAACAUAAAAUACUCCUUUUUAACGAGAGUACAAAAUCAUCCACGUGGCCUGCAGCUCAGUUACCUAAUAAUCAGCCUCCUAUGUUUGCCUAUCACAGUACCGUAGAUGCGCAUAAGAUAACACUGAACACCACAAAUGUGCACAUUGCUUCAGUUUUGGUGGGAAAUGAAGAAAAGCAUCAGUCACAAUAUCCUAUUACUGAAAUUGUCCAUGACAACAUGGAAAAGAAAAGAGAUACGAAUUUGCAUUCCAAAACUGACCAAAACACAAUACAGAUCAAACAAAACAGACCUAAUGACAAGUCAUCUUUUUUGAAUUCCAAACUAAUGGACUAUGUAGAAGUUCACAAAGUCAGACAAGAUGAGGAGCCAGCAGUAUUACUGAAACAUAAAGAAAAUAGUGGAAAGACCGAAAAAUACACUGUUCCAGGAACCAACAAAGAAUAUACCAAGGUCUCAACAGUUGUGGACCAUAAUAUCCUAGUAUUAAUGCCAGAUUCACGCAUCCAGCACACAUCUGUGUCUCAAGAACCUGCAAUGGAAAUGUCUCAAAACCUUCAGCAAGGUCAAGCUCAGAAAAAUAUGAGCUACUGUCUGACAGUUCCAAGCGAGUACAAAAGAGAGACCAGUGGAUCAGAGUACAUGGACCCACCUUCCUUUAUGCCCUUCUUUAAGUAACCAGUAGUUAGUACAGUACAUACUUAGUAGUU